ACAGAGCUGAAGACUCGGCCCGACUCUCUACCCGUUGUGCCAUGAAGGUGUGUUGGCUGCUGAUGUUGGUGGGCGUGGCGGCAACGGCGAUGGCAGCGUCGCUGCCUGAGGACCCCGCGUCGUGGGAGCCGGAGCCAGACGAGGGCCAGCGCACGAGGCGCUCGGGGUCCGGCUCCGGAGGAAUACUCAGCUACAUCAAGGAAAAAGUUUCCGGCAAAAUCGCGCAGAUCGCGUCCGCUUCGUCGUCCUCCGGCAGCGACCACGAGCCGCCACCAGAAUACGGGCCGCCGGUCGAGAGCUAUGACCACAAAUCCUUCGACAUCUGGAGUUUCAAGCGUGCACUGCUGUCGUCAUUGCUGCAGGCUGUAAAGGCCAUCAAGGGCGGCAUAAUUGCACUUAAAGGACAGCUAAUUAAGGCAAAGGGAAACGUCAUUGAGGCAAAAGGACGUUUCCUGGCUGCCAAGGGUGAAGCCAUCUCAGAAUUCGGUAAACAUGUGGCGACCAAGGCAUUACUGGAAGGGGACCAUGAGGACGAACAUCCACACAGCCAUAGCAGCGGACCCAGCGGUCCUCCCAGCGGUUACGCUGUUGAGACUGUACACUCAGGUGGGUACUCGGGCCCGCCACCGCCCCCUGUAUACGGGCCACCACCGUCGGCGCCAGGGCUGGUGUACGGCGCUCCCUUCGCCAAGAUCGCAAGGGCCGCUACGCCGCCUGCCCCUCAUCUCGACAAGCCUGGCCCAGGUGAAGUGCAGGCAGGUUUGCUGGUGCUGAAGCCCAUCUCGUUGCCAGAGCCGCGCGGACACUCGUCGCACUCCACUGCUGCCACGGGCCAUGUACCUGUCCUGGCGCCAGCGCCUCCACACAUCUUCCCCCCCACCUGGGUCUAUUAGAAGGUUCCACGUGCUGUCGCCGCAUAACGGAUGAUUCCUUCAUCAAUUCACCCAUUGCAACUGACGAAAAUCCGUUGACUGUUAUUGAUAUCACAGCGUUAUUCAUUUCUAUGAUUAGACUUGUAGUUUCAUAUACGCUGAUAAUCUUAUACAGGAGCAUGGACUCUGUG